UCCAUUAAGUCCUCUAGUACAUACCUAUUCCAAUAAUCUUACUGAUACGAUUAAUUAAACAUUCCUUUCUUAUCAAAUUUAUAAAAAUGCCUGUGGAACCCAUUGAUGAUCCAACCAUUGGUAUAAAACCUACAUCAAAGUUGAUAGAUUUCAUUUUGAAACAAGUGACAAAUGUGGAAAGUGCUCCAGAGGGUGUAUCAUCCUUAAAACAUUCAACGAAAAAACAGCGCGCUAAUGUUGUGCUAAAAUUGAAAGAUAUUAAAUGGCUUAAUGAGUAUCUUGAGGAAUAUCGAAAGUCUUCCGAUAUAAAAGUCUACUUGCAUGAUCUUUUGGAAGGUGCUGACAUUGAUUUACCGAUGCCAAAAGUAACGCCGAGGAAUCCCGAAUUAGAGGCGAGGAUUCAGAGGCUGACGGCGCAGCAGAAUGCGCGAGAAUACAAUGCAAUGACGAAAGGCGUAGAUCCUGUACGGAGACAACUGCCAGAAGAUACGAUUGCUUAUCAGAUGAAGGAAAUGAACAAACAGCUCAUAGCAGUUGCGCAAUUUGUCUUCUCCGUCCUCGCAAGUUUCGCUUUUGGCUUUAUUGGUAUUGAACUGAUAGUAGGAAACCUAGAUUUUGGAUUCAGAUUAUUAUUGGGAAUCAUUUGUGCACUAAUUGUAGCACUAGCUGAAAUUUAUUUCCUCGCAAAGAAAUUGAAUGAAGAUUUCUAUGAAGAAAUACCAAAACCAGUAUACAAAAAGAUGCAUCAAGAGUAAUUUUAUUAUUUAAUAUGUAACACAUUUUAUAUGUGGUUGCACAUAAGUGUCGUUGCUUCUACUUAUAAUAGUUGUGACUGCAAAUAAGAAAAACUAUAUUUAGACUAUGCAGAUAUUACAGCUACUGCCAUACUUAUAAGAUAUAUAAAAUUUAAAUUGAUUCUUUCAAUGUUAUAAAGUUAAUCACAGAAUUUUAAACCAAACAAUUGCACUGUAUUGUUAAAACCAUAUUUAUUGGAGGAAGCAUCUAACUGCAAAUUUAGUAACAGGUUAAAAUAAGUAAUUCGAGUAUAAUUUUUCAAACAAUGCAUUUCUUUAUUAUACUGCUAUGUACGUGUAUAAUAUAUUAAAUAAAUUAACAUGAAAUCAUCAUGAUUGUUCAUCUAUUGUAACUAGAUAUAGCUAAGCUAUUAAGUACAAACUCAAUAUCCUUUAUAUUUUGUCAUGAGAUUCUACGUUUUAGUAAAAUAUGUUAAUGGACAUAUACAUAAUUUUUUGAAGACUUUAAAUAUCAUUACAAAUGAUUCUCAAUAUGUACUAUGGAAUGUCUUUUUAGAAAACUGCAUCGUCUUAUUCCACAUAUAAUUGUCCUUGUACAUAAACAAUUGUGAUAUGAACCAAGAAUAUAACAUUAUGAAUCCAUUCGAGGAUUGUAAAUAUUUGAAUUAAUGCAAUUUGCCAGUUUUGUACAAAACCACUGAAACAAAGUGGUUGCUCAAUAAAUUUGUACAUUUCAAGAUUA